AUGGAUUACAAGCGUCAGUCUCCGGCCGCCGUAAAGGUGAAGCCGCGCCUCAUCAUCCACGGCGGAGCGGGCAACAUCAAGCCGUCGAAUCUGCAGCCGCCAGAAUACGCAGAGUACCGCCACGCCUUGCUGACGAUUGUCAGCAAAACAAACGCCUACCAAAACACCCCAUCCCUCACAAGCAUAAACACCACCACCACCAGCAGCGCCCUCCCCUCAGCCCUAGAAACAGCAACCCACGCCGUCACCCUCCUAGAAAACAACCCGCUCUUCAACAGCGGCCACGGCGCAGUCUUCACCCGCGACGGCAUCAACGAGCUCGAAGCCUCCGUCAUGGUCUCCCGCGGCUUCGCCAAGCGCGGCGUAGGCGUCACGGGGCUGCAACACGUCCGGAACCCCAUUCUACUCGCCAAAGUGAUUUUGGAGCACGGGGACGAGGAUUUGGGUGGCAAUCCGGAGAGUAGCCAUCCCUCUUCUUCGUCUCUGAGUACUGCUACUACUACUGCUGCUACUGGCAUCGACGCCCCUUCAGCACAGGGACACACCCUCCUCCACGGCGCCACAGCCGAGACCCUCGCGAAGAAGUACGGGUUGGACCUCGUCUCUACGGAGUACUUCUUCACCCAGCGGCGGUGGGAUGAACACAUCCGCGCCCUCGAGCGGGAGAAAGCAGGCCAGGGGUUGAGCACGUACAGCACGACAGAGUUCCUCCCGCAAGGCACCGUCGGCGCCGUGGCGCUGGAUGAAGAGGGCGUCGUGUGCGUUGCUACGAGUACAGGCGGGCUGACGAAUAAGUUGACGGGCCGGAUUGGGGAUACGCCUGUCGUCGGGGCCGGGUUCUGGGCUGAGGAGUGGGUUGAGGAAGGGGAUCCGACGGGGGCGUUUGCCCGCGCUGCUGGUGCUGGUGGGGAUGGGUUCCUUGUGUUGAGUGAGAGUUUGAAGGCGUUGAUGGCUGAUUGCCUUCCCUCGUUGAAGACUUAUUUCCCUUUGCCGAGCGGCGUAGCUGGUUUUGGUAAGGGGCUGAAGACCACGAGGGCGAUUGCAGCCUCCGGCACGGGCAAUGGAGAUUCCUUCAUGCGCGUCGCCGCCGGCCGGACCGUCGGCGCCGUGGCGCGGUGGAAGCCGCUUUCCGGGGCUGACGCCGUAUCGUUUGUUUCUGGCCCGGGCGGGGAGUUGCAGAGUAGUGCGGGUCCGCGGUGGAAGGUUACUGGCGAGGGCGAGGGCGGCAUCAUCGGGAUCGAGAUUGCGGUUACGAGGGACGAGGAGGGGAACGUUGUGGGUGUGAGGUCCGAGGUUCUGCAGGAUUUCAACUGCAAUGGGAUGUACAGGGCUUGGAUUGACGAUGAUGGCAAGGCGUAUGCCAAGAUUUAUCGGGAUGGUGUUGAGGGGGUUGAUGUGAGGGAGUACUCUGAGAAGUGGUGA